AUGACGUCUCUCGUGACUUGCUUGACUCGCAACGCUCUCGCCCGCAACCGAAGUGGACAUGCGGUGGUGAAGGCUGCCACUUUCUUCCACCACCGCCCUCCUUCCCCCCCUAUACACUCCUUACCACCGCCGUCGCCAUGUUCCGCACGCAGGCGAACCCCAUGGACGACGCCGUCGGUACGUCUGCCUCCUGCCUCCACCACGCAGCCUACCUUGGCGCAUACAGACGAAACUAACAUAGAUCGCUCCGCAGUCAAGGCGACCGACGAGAACCUUACGAGCGAGAACUGGGAGUACAUCCUCGACGUCUGCGACCGCGUCUCCGCCUCCCCCUCCGGCCCCGCCCAAGCCAUCUCCGCCCUGAUCAAACGCCUCGCCCACCGCAACGCAAACGUGCAACUCUACACCCUCGAGCUCGCCAACGCCCUCUCCCAGAACUGCGGUGUAGCGCUGCACCGCGAACUCGCUUCGAAAGCCUUCACGGAUAGCUUACUCCGGCUGGCAGGGGACCGGAACACGCAUUCGCAGGUGAAGCAGAAGGUGCUCGAGCGGAUGAGUACGUGGACGGAGGAGUUUAGGAGUAAUGCCGAGUUGGGGAUCAUGGAGCAGGCGUAUGGGAAGCUGAGGACGCAGCAGCCCGGGUUGACGAAUGUGGCUGCGCCGAGUAAGCCGGGGAAGCGGGAGAUUAGUGGGGAGGAUCGGAGGAAGGAGGAGGAGGAAUUGCAGAUGGCGUUGGCGUUGAGUGUGCAGGAUAAGGGGGGGAGUGGGGAGGAGCAGAAGAGGGUUGGGGGGGAUGAUGUGGUGGUGGGGGAGCAGGCGCAGCCGGGUGCCGCACAGCAGCAACAGCAGCAGCAGGGCACGACGGCGGCGACGGUAAGUAGAGUGCGAGCGUUGUAUGACUUUCAGCCGUCCGAGCCGGGGGAGUUGGCGUUUAAGAAGGGGGAUAUCAUUGCCGUGCUCGAGUCGGUGUAUACGGAUUGGUGGAGUGGUAGCGUGAAAGGGAAUACGGGCAUCUUCCCGUUGAACUACGUGGAGAAGCUGCAAGAUCCGACGAGAGAAGAGUUGGAGCGGGAUGCGCAUAUGGAGGCGGACGUGUUUGGCGAGAUCAAGAAUGUGGAGAAGCUUUUGGCGUUGCUGAGCGUGAGUGCGGAUACGGGGGGUAGGAGGGGUGAGAGGGAGGAGGAGGAGAUUGGGGAGUUGUAUCAGCGGACGUUGAGUAUACGGCCGAAGUUGAUUGAGCUUAUCGGGAAGUACUCGCAGAAGAAGGACGACUUCACGCAACUGAACGAAAAGUUCAUCAAAGCACGGCGAGAUUACGAACACCUUCUCGAAACCUCCAUGGCGGCGUCGCAUUAUCAACAACAAUAUCCUCCCCGCCAACGCCAGCCCGCACAGCCUGGGUACCCGCCACAACCCUCUUUCGCAGCGCAAAGCCAACAACAUCUCCCACCACCGCAUCAACAAGAUCCACAGCGUUUCUACUCCCCCGCGCCCUCCGAGCCGCCGCCGCAGCAAGGCUUCAGCAGUCCUUACCCACCACAGAACGGCCCGGUGCCUUCGAUCCAACAACCACCUCCCAACGGCACAGCAGCGCCAGCACCGUUCCACUUCAUCCCUGGUGGUCUACAACCUCCAGCACCAUCUACCCAACAGCAACAGCAACAGCAAGACAUCCGCCGCAAACCCAGUCCCCAACCCCCACCAUCUCAACAUCCACAUCACCCACCCAACAAUCUAUCCGUUGACGGCUACGGCGCCCCUCCACCAUCAGGACCCUUUCAAGGCCAGAUAAGACCAAACAGCAUCCACACCCUCAACAGCGGCAACCCGCAGGAACUCGCGACGGGCGGGUACGAGAGUCCCGUGGCG